UAGUUUACAACCCUCACUCAGUCCAGGAAAGACGGCACAAAGACAAGAAGCAAGAUGAAGCACCUGUUGUUUUUGGGGAUUGCUUUUGCUGCAUUCCACAUCAGUCAUUCGAAUACUCCAGAUUUCUGUCAAAAGGCCGCUGAUGAAGGUCAAGGCACAAACUUUUUAUAUGCCUUGUAUUAUAAUCCCACCCAAGACCAGUGCAGUCCUUUCAUAUACAAAGGCCAAGGAGGAAAUGAAAACCGAUUUGAAAAUGAAAGAGAGUGCAUGAGAAACUGUUCCCGCAGUGUAGAGACGGUCUACCCCAUGGAUGCCUCCCUUGCUUGCCACUUUAAAAAGAAACCAGGUAGUUGUAAUGGUCACUUUUUGAGAUACUACUAUGAUUCUGUUCACAACAAAUGCAAAAAAUUCCUUUGGACUGGAUGCAUCGGAAAUGGAAACAGGUUUUUUGACUAUAACAGCUGCAACACCACCUGUGCUGGCAUACAUGAUGAUGGUAAUGAAGGGGAGGAGGAGGAGCCAGACACUCCUAUUGCGAUCAUCUGUGGAGUUCUGCUUGCUGUCAUCACUGUCGCUAUCUUCACAAGUGUGAUUGUCUUGACCAUUCAGUCAAAGAAGAAGAAGGCCUUCAAUGAGAAGGGAGCAGGGAAAAGUAGAGACGUCAAGUCUGACUCACCUCUUCAGGAGCCGGCAAUUGAAAUGGCGUAGAAAAUCAUGUCACCUCAUUAGCAACAUUUGGAGUUUUUACCAUCUUGGUUUUGUAUUAUAACUCUGUUCUUGAUACUAAACAUAUCAACUGAUUAUAACUUUAGUUUAGCUUUUUAUUUACAUAUGCAUUAGCCAUUACAAUUCUGUUCAAGUUUCUCAUCAUGUUUCAGCUCUACAAUGUGUGCAAAGUGAUGUUUUUUUAUUGUAAAUGCAAGCUUUACCUUUUACUUUAAUUCAGCAAUCAAAUCAAAAGUAAAUCUGAUUAGUCAAAGUAUAAUAAACAAAUAAACCAGAGGUGAAAUAUCAGUCAAUUAACUGAUUGACCGAAAAUUAAUCAGCAACCAUUUUGAUAAUUGAUUAACUGUUGAGGUAAUUUUUAUUGGGGAAAAAUGCCAAGAUUUCUCUUUCUUUCAGCUUUUUGGAUGUGAGAAUUUCCUGCUUCUCUUGGUCUUAUCUGAUUUGUCUUAAUGGCAUUGAGUGUUAAUUGCAGCCCAGCAUCAUGAAAACAUGUAUUUCUUUUACAUCAGAAGGAAUUUAAUAUUUUAGACAAACAUUCAGGCAUAAACAGGAGGAUCCUCAUCUGCUUGCACACAAUUACCUGAAAUGUUUUUAACAGUGUGGUCUUGUAAUCAUUUCACUGUUUUCAAAAUAUAACUGCAUCAUCACCUGGCUCAACAAUUUGCUGAAAAAUGUCUAAGUCUUCUGAAGGCACGUGCCAACUUAAAAGCAAAACAUAUAUUUAGAGCUGUUCUCGUACAGUGAUGUCCACUGCACACUCUCUGUUAUUAUGUUUAACUGCUCAUCAUUUGUGAAUCUUUUGUUUUAGGCUGUCAACAUCUCAACAUAAAGGUGUCAAAAAACGACCUUUCAAACUUUCUUUCAUUCAUCAUCAUAUGGCUGCUAUAUCAUUAAAUGUACGUGCUUUGUAUUUGGGAUAUAAAAUUAUCCACAACAAAACAGUUUUACAGAAUAACCACAAGUAUGAAAUGUUCUUAUGGAGUUCCAUUUUUUAAUUAUUCACUGUAGAUGGUGUAAAUAUUUAUAAAACCUCCUGGUUAUCAUCUCAGGUAAUAUGUUUUAGUGCUGAAAAUAUUCUCAAACAGUGAUGUUCAACAAAAGACAUUGCAGGGACUUCUUGUCAACGUGCUUUUGUACUGUUUUUCAGUUGCAGCUGGGUUUCACGAUUGUUCAGAUGUAAGUUGUUUGAUUAGUUCAAUGGAAUAUGAUGUAGGCAUUCAUCUUGAUGUCAAUUUUUCAACCAUUAUUGAUGAAAUGUAAAACUUAUUUUGCAACCCAUCAAGUCAUCUGUGACUUGGAAUGUGAUUGAAAAAGUAUUUUACAUCCAUCUCCAUUUUAUAAUUGUGUGUGAAUGCAGAUACUAACAAAAUAUAUUAAUUUAAGUAUUUGGAAAACAAUAUUCAGUUUGCACAUAUUCCAGUUGCAGUGAAUUGAUUUUUAAAAGAAUGUCCAGACUCUCUGUAAAAGGUUAAUCUUUCAGUAAAUAAACUGUUGAUUUUCUUA